AUAGGUCAACCAUCACAUGGAGAUUUAGUCUAAUUGUUAUGAUUGUGAUUCCAACUUUUACCUAAUUGUUUCCAAUUGUUUUUAAUUGUUCUUUUCUCCCAAGUGCAAACCUCAAUGUGCCAAACAAUUUGAUCAUGACGAUUAACCAUCUCAUCCGUCAACCAAUUAGAUUGAUUAACUUUAAAUGGUCACCGUUGUCCAAACGAGUCGCCAUUUUGUUUGGUCUAAUUUUGGGCUUUAUUGUUUCACUAAUUGUCCCAUUUUUUAAUCAGUGUUUAACUUUCACCUCUUCAUCCAUAUUAUCAUCAACAUCGUCAGUUAAUUAUGACAGUUCAUCUAAAUCAUCUAAUUGGUUUGAGGAGAUAAUCAACUCAGAUUAUAAUCCAAUUGUCAAAUUACCUUUAACCAAUGGUUCUAGUCAAUCAAAUGAACAACAAUUUAAAUCCUAUAAUUCAAAGAGACCUCAUUUUGUAUUAGAGGAAUUAGAUGUUAAUGAGAAAUUGUUAAUUGUUGUUCUUACAAGUGAUCAAACCUUUGGUAAUUUAGGUUACCUUUUAAAUGAGACUUUAUCUAAACAUGGGGAUAGAAUUUUGUUUUUUAAAGAAUCAAAUUCACAGCAACAACAAUUAACUCAAUCAUCUUCUUCGUUAAUUAAUCUUCCACCAUCGGAUGAACCUUUGUUGACUCGAAUUCUUAAUCAUUUAGAUUCGUCUUUUGAUCCUGGUAAAGUAAAAAGUAAAUUAAGAGCUUAUAAUUUCAUCUUCUUCAUCAACGAUAACAGUUACGUGAAAGGUGAUUACUUGAGACAAUUAGUUGACCAAUUGUCAAUUAAUCAACAUAUUUUUGCUCCUGCUCAUCAAAUUGAUACUGAAAAUGUUCAUCAUCAUCUUUACGAUCACAAUCACAAUUACAAUCAAAAUCAUAAUAAUAAUCAAAGAGUUAAAAGUGAUCCAUGUUCAUCAGAAUUAUCAUUCUCACCGAAAAUUGAUCAAAAUCAAUUGUAUCAUUUUCAAUCUGGUCUAUUAAUUAGCAGUUCACUAAUUGUCUCAUGUGGAAAUGACCUCAAGUGCCUUUAUCGUUCCUGUAAUCAAUCAUUAAUCAACUCAUAUCGAUUAUUACCUGAUAAUAGUGAUCAACUUUUUCUCGAUCCAAUUUCAUUUCGUAAAAGUUUAAUCAUCUAUCCUUUGUUUACAACCAAAGUCUAUGCCAAUGUCCACCAUUUUCAUUUACAAUCAUCACUCAACAACAAUUUACGACAAUUACAUCAAUUAAAUGUGAAAAUAAAUUCAUUUGUAGAUAAACAUGGAAAUUUAAAUGGUGAAAAUGGAAAAAUAAAAAAUAACCAUUGGUCAUCAUCAUCAUCAUCUAAUUGGCCUUUUGCAAUUGUAACUUGUCAUGAUCCAAUCGAUAGAUUUGAUGUAAUUCAUUGGAAUUAUCAAGAGAAUGGAAUUAUCUAUAUGGCUGAUGAUUUCCAUGUUCUCAGGGUGGAAAAUGAAGCUGAGAAAGUUGAUCGACAAUCAAUUGAAUCUCUAGCAAUUCGUUGGUUGAACACGAAAUAUCCAAACUUUGGUUCCAUGGGAAAGGAAAUAAAAAUCACUAAUGUUUAUCGUCGAUUCGAUGCCAACCGAGGAUUAGAUUAUAUUCUUGAUAUUUUAAUUACCAACAAAAUGUUAAUUAAAGAUUAUCCUCUCAACACUCACAAUGAAAAUAAUCCAAUCCAAUUAACGCCAAUUAAGAUUCGUCUGGAAGCAGUUAAACCUUUAGUUCCAAUGACAAUAAUUGAUUCAAUUCCAUUUUCAACUGAACAGAACAGAAUUUCUUUGAUUGUUCCCGUGCGAUCAGAUUCUGAGGUUGGUGAUUUAAUUUCACUUAUAAAUCAAUAUGUUAAUUUAUGCUCUGAGAAACAGCAACAAUCCCAUAAUUAUGCUUUAAUCAUUGCGUUAAUUACUCACAAUUCAUCACCACCCUCUGGUUACGGACGAGUUAUGUCAAUGGGAUUGUCAUUGAAGACAAAAUAUCCCAACAUUAAAUUGUUACUUUCAACAAUUCCAAGGGAACCCAACGAAAGCUAUUCAACCUCAACUGAUUUAGGAUUGUUAAUGAUUCUCAGGAAAAGAUUCACAUCAACUUUAACCAAUUCCAUUGUGGUUAUUUUAUCUUCCAACACUUUGAUCACCAGUGAUUAUUUAUCUCGAAUCCAGUUGAACACAAUUAAAGAUCAUCAGGUUUAUUUUCCAAUCGCUUUUCAAGAAUAUAAUCUUCGCCCUGGAUCUUCAGGUCUUUCUGAUUCUUGGAGAAUCAAUAAAGAUAAUGGUUUAUUCAAUUGGUUUGAUUAUCGACACGCAUCCUUUUAUCUUGACGAUUUUGAGAAAGCUUUUGAAGCAGUUUUUCCACCUUCAUCAUUAUCAACGGUUAAUCAACAGCUAAUUAAUUACGAUAUACUUGAAGUUUUUCUCCAAUCGAAUUGCCAAUCCUCCAAGUCGAUCCAUAUUUUACGAUCAAUUGAACCUGAACUUAAGUUACGAUAUCGGCAAGAAAAAUGUGACCUGGAUGCUGAUAAAUACACCAAAAAUUGGUGUAACAAAACCUUAAUUUAUUCAUUAGGCAAUAAAGCUCAAAUGGCUAAUUUGAUACUUAAUUAUAAAAAGUCAAAUGCACCAAUUGAUUGGUCACCAUAAUGUAGCAAUAUGAUGAAAGAUAAAUUAGCUUAUUGGCUAAUUUUAUUUUCCCAUUAAUCUAACUAAUUAAAGAAAAAAUCAAACAAUUACAA